AUGCACUAUGAUCGCUGCAUUGACUUCCGCGCCAUUUAUGCUUGGGAGGUGCGAGGGAUUGACCACAAGACCUUUUGGGGUCCCCUGCCGGAUGAUGUUCGUGGCCGAUUCCAUCUCUACAAUGCGCCGGUGGCUGAAAAUGACUGUCCUGCAUCGCCGCAAGGACGCUUCACCGAGCGAGGAAGUUUCUUAAGGCUCUUGAAGUCCACAAUCACCGUGGAUGACUAUGUCGUGGUGAAGGUGGACAUUGAAGGGGGCCCUGAGCUGAAGAUCGUGGAGUCCAUCGCCCACAUCCCAGAGCUGUCCGAACUGGUGGAUGAAAUGUAUUUCGAGUAUCACUUUAACUUUAGCGAUGUUCCAAAUCAUCCUUGGGAUUCGAAACCGAAACAAUAUGGUGGAAAGACUGUGGACACAGCGAUAAAUCUCAUGCUGCGUCUUCGGCAAGCGGAAAUCCGCUUGCUGAUGCAUCCUGUUCCGGAAUGGUGGACGUGCCACAGCGCUACAGCAACCGUGUCCACUGGCAGGGUAUCCGUGGUGGGAUUGGUGGAACUGAUCGAAGAAGGAGAUCGACUUCGUGAUGACGUCGACUUCAUGACUAGGCUCCGUCAAGGCCGUUUGAAGCGCUUGAGGGAAGAACUGCGCCGCCACAAUGUCACGGCGGCAGUGAUUUUUGAUCCAAUCAAUGUAAGGUAUGCUGUAGACUUUCGCAGUAUGAUUCCGUUCUAUCUGCGUAAUCCCACGCAGUACCUGGUGGUGCCCACCAACGAAAGUGCUAAGUGUCUCCUCUUCGCGGGAUCCUUUGGUUCCGACGCCUUGUUGGAAGCCUUCAAUGGAUCGCUGGAGUUUCAUCCAGCCAUAGGUGCUACCAUGGCUUCGGCUGGUCCACGUGAAAAUGAGAAGAUCGAUGACUGGGUGAAUCAAAUGGAUGAGAUUCUUAGUCCGCUGGCAGAGACGAGUCCCUUCGGCAAGCGCAUCGCUGUGGAACGGUUUCAAGAAAGGGCAACCCGUGGACUGCGAGACAGAGGAUUUGACCUCAUUGACGCGCAGAUCCCCAUCGAAUAUGCGCGAAGUUUGAAGACGGAGGAGGAGAUCGUGGCCAUUCGCCACGGCAUCAAAGUGGUGGAAGAGGGGGUGCAUCGGUUACGCGAUGCUUUGUCGCAGCCAGAGGCCAAUGUGACAGAAAAUGAGGUAUGGAGUAUAUUGCAUUCAACAGUCAUUGCCUGCGAUGGGGAGUAUGCGGAAACACGGCUGAUGAAUUCUGGCCCGAAGACCAAUCCCUGGAUGCAGGAGAGCGGCACCCGUCGCAUCAACAUAGGGGAGACUGUCCAGUUGGAUACAGACGUUGUGGGACCAUUUGGUUACUACGUGGACUUUUCGCGCACGUUCACCGCAGGUUAUGGCCUGCCAGGGUUUCAAGCCACGGAGAAGCAGAAGAAACACUACAAAUUGGCCAUGGAGAUGGUUAAGCACAACAUGGAGCUUCUAAUUCCUGGUGCCUCCUUUGAACACGUCACCUUUAACGCCUGGCCCAUCCCUGAAGAGUUUCAGGCGCACAAAUACCACGUGCAAACCCAUGGGACGGGGAUGAGUGGAGAGUAUCCCUGGAUUUUCCAUCCCUCGGACUGGGCAUCCUACGGGUAUGAUGGCAUCGUGAAAGAAGGUAUGACACUGAGCGUCGAGGCCUUUAUCGGUUCAGAUCAGGGCGGAGAAGGUGUGAAGUUUGAACAACAUGGUGUGAUCACCAAGGAUGGAUUUCAACUACUCUCCACCAACGUUCCGCCCGAGCCAUAUCUCCUGGAGGAGUCGCCGCAGCUUUGCAGUGCAUGA